CAGGUGUUCCAAUCCCCUCCAUAUCAUGUGAUUCAGGUGUUCCAAUCCCCUCCCAGUCAUGUGAUUCAGGUGUUCCAAUCCCCUCCAUAUCAUGUGAUUCAGGUGUUCCAAUCCCCUCCCAAUCAUGUGAUUCAGGUGUUCCAAUCCCCUCCCAAUCAUGUGAUUCAGGUGUUCCAAUCCCCUCCCAAUCAUGUGAUUCAGGUGUCCCAAUCCCCUCCAUAUCAUGUGAUUCAGGUGUCCCAAUCCCCUCCAUAUCAUAGUCAAUAGCUAAAGACCUCCAAACUUGGUGUGGCCUUCAGAUGAGCCCAACAACAGUGCGUAGAGAGCUUCAUGGAAUGGGUUUCCAUGGC